AUGUUGUUUGAUGUAGGUGAUGGAAAAAGUGCAACAGGCAAUAGCAUUCUUGGAACUAAGGCUUUCAAGUCGAUGCACUGCUCUUCUUGUGUUACAACUGCUAGCCAGCUUCAAACUACUCAAUUACAAGACGGAAAUAUACUUAACGUCAUUGAUACCCCUGGACUGUUUGAUAUUUCCCGUGAUCCUGAUUUUGUUAUAAAAGAACUUGUUAAGUGCUUUGAUCUGGCUAAGGAUGGCAUCCAUGCUCUACUUUUGGUUCUGUCUGGACGAAGCCGGUUCUCAAGAGAAGAACAAGCUUCUGUGCAAUGCUUUGAGAGAAAAAUUAUUGAUUACAUGAUUGUGGUCUUUACUGGAGGAGAUGAGCUUGAAGAAAAUGAUGUGGUUUUGGUUGAUUACUUAGACCAUUGCCCUGAGCCUUUAAAGGAAACUCUUGAAAAAUGUGGCAACAGAUAUGUACUUUUUGACAAUAAGACUGAGGAUCCAGUGAAGAAAGCUGAACAAUUGACAAAUCUUAUUUCUUAA